AUGCUGUUGGCUGGGAUACUCCCCCUUGACCUCAGAAUACUCGAAGUUUCGAGAUUAUAUGGGAUCAAGAAGGGGGUGUCGCACCCAGCGUUGGGAGACAGGGAGGUGGAAAGAAUGGCUCCGGCGAUUGAGGACCCACAUCCGGCAGAGCAGGAAGGGCUGGGGUUCGGGCUGGUGGACGAAGACUCGUAUUCCGACGUGGCUAAUAGCCACGUACACAGGAUCUACACGGACGGCAGCAAGAUUGAGGGUCGAGUCGGAGCCGCCCUUUCCGUAUGGGAGGGGGAGGCCGAGACGAAGGCCGUCAAGCUUGCUUUGCCGCCGUAUUGCACCGUCUACCAGGCCGAACUUCUAGCGCUCCAAAGAGCAGUAAUUAGAGCCUGCAAGAGUGGAGUGGCGAAGGUCGGCAUCUUCAGCGACUCUAGAUCGGCCCUCCAGGCGGUCACUCUCGGUUCCCCUCACCCCCUUGCUGUGCAAACAAGGGCGACCCUCCGAAAAGCUGCUUCGCAGAGGCGGGAGGUCGCUCUGUUUUGGAUUAAGGCGCACGCAGGGCUAAGGGGGAACGAAAGAGUUGACCAAUUAGCCAAGGAGGCCGCUCUGGGGUCGAAGAGGAAACCCGACUAA